UGCUUUUUGAAAAUAAAGAAAGAGAGAUAUAAGGUAGCAUACGUUAUUACUUUUGCUAAAGAACGGACACAACUAGCAUAUACUUUGAGCAUUCUUGUUCAUAUUACUCUUAGCAUUUAACAGCUUUCAGAAAUGGAGAUUGGCUUAGCAGUUGGAGGUGCAUUUCUAUCUUCAGCUUUGAAUGUCCUCUUUGAAAGGCUUGCUCCUCAGGGUGAGCUGCUCAAGAUGUUUCAGAGGCAAAAGCAUGAUUUUCAUCUCUUAGAGAAGCUAAGGAGGACUUUGUGUGGUUUCCGGGCGGUGCUAAGUGAUGCAGAGAAUAAGCAGGCAUCUAAUUCAUACGUGAGCGAGUGGCUUAAUGAACUUCGGGAUGCUGUGGACAGUGCUGAAAACUUAAUGGAAGAAAUCAAUUAUGAAGUUCUGAGAGUUAAGGUGGAAGGUCGGCAUCAAAGUCAUGCAGAAGCAAGCAACCAGCAGGUAAGUGACCUCAACUUGUGCUUGAGUGAUGAAUUUUUUCUUAACAUAAAGGAGAAGUUGGAAGGCACCACUAAAACAUUGGAGGAGUUGGAAAAGCAAAUUGGUAGGCUUGGCCUAAAGGACUAUCUUGUUUCUAUUAAACAAGAAACUAGAGCGCCUUCAACAUCUUUGGUUGAUGAAUCUGAAAUCUUUGGUAGGCAAAAUGAAAUAAAGGAAUUGGUUGGCCGUUUAUUAUCUGUUGAUACAAAUGGUAAAAGUUUGAGAGUAAUUCCUAUUGUUGGAAUGCCUGGGGUUGGCAAGACAACACUUGCUAAAGUUGUUUACAAUGAUGAGAAGGUAAAAGACUGUUUCGAUUUGAAAGCUUGGUUUUGUGUGUCCGAACCAUAUGAUGCUUUCAGAAUAACAAAAGGUUUACUUCAAGAAAUUGGCUCAUUUGACUUA